UGACACCUGCUGUGCUGUUCCAGCUUCAGAGGGAAGAGAAAUGCAGAACUUCUCAGCAAGGAGGCCCGUAUGAUCAAGGUCGGCACUCUCGUCACAAGAGCCUGGUAGGACUGGUACGAGCUGCACGCAUUUAAAGAAGGGAAUACCCAUUUGAUGCAGGCAUAAAUACGGGAGGAGGGUUUUAGGAUCAAGGCGGGGUCAGGGUGGUAGAUUACUGUGGUAGGUACAGGGGUUUGCUGACGGAAAAACGCGGUGGGGGAACUUUUCAAGCAACUUGGUCGACCGCCUAACAAUCAGGCACAAUGUUUUGCUCAAUAUCCGGGGUGACUCCUCAAGAGCCGGUGGUCUCAACAAAGUCGGGGGCGCUGUUUGAGAAGCGAUUGAUACUCAAGCACAUCAAGGAUAUCGGCGUGGAUCCGGUUAGUCAAGACCCCCUUACGGAAGAUGACCUUCUCGAGAUCAAGAGUAACAAGGCCGUCAAGCCGCGGCUUGCGUCGGGUGCCAGCAUUCCGGGCAUGCUGGCCACUUUUCAGAACGAAUGGGAUGCGUUUGUGCUGAGCACCUACUCUCUCGAGCAACAGCUGCACACGGCGCGACAAGAGCUGAGCUAUUCCUUGUACCAGCACGACGCCGCAACCCGUGUCAUUGCCCGCUUGAAAAAAGAGCGCGACGAGGCGCGUGCUCUCUUGGCGGAGACGGAGGCCAGGGCCGCUGCAGCUCCGGCUGAGGUGGCGCCACAUCGGCCAGACGUGGCCAACGGUAAAAGGGCUCCUGAGGAGCAUGCGGAGGCGGCGCCCACGAAAAAGGCGAAGGCCGGCAUUACGCAGGAGAUUGUUGCCGAGAUGACUGCGUGCAACGUGGAGCUCUCGCAGAGCAGGAAGAAGCGACAAAUUCCGGCCACUCUUGCGAGCGCAGACGCGCUCGAGCGAUACACCCAGCUGUCAAGCCACCCCCUUCAUAAAACCGCGAAGCCAGGCAUCAUUGCGUGCGACAUCAAUUCUGACAAGGAUUGGAUUUUGACGGGCGGUGUUGACGCCCAAGUGGUGGUGUUCGACCGGCCGGCGGGGCAGAUCAAAGCCACGCUGGCGGGCCACACCAAGAAGGUGAACGCCGUCAAGUUCGUGCCCCAGACGGACCUUCUCCUGUCCGCAUCCUCAGACAAGACGGUGCGCGUGUGGAAGGGUUCGGACGAGGGAAAGUACCAAUGCGUCCACGUGCUGACCGAUCACGCGUCAGACGUCCGAGCCCUCACUCUGCACGCGACCAACCAUUACUUCGUCACCGCCUCCUCCGACAAGACCUGGGGCUUCUACGAUCUCGCCUCGGGGCUGUGCCUCACUCAGGUCGCUGACCCGUCAGUGACCGACGGAUACACGUGCGCCUCCUUCCACCCCGACGGCCUCAUCCUCGGCACGGGGACCGCCGAGUCUCUGGUCAGGAUCUGGGACGUCAAAUCGCAGGCGAACGUGGCCAAGUUCGAGGGCCACUCGGGCCCCGUGAACGCGAUCUCGUUCAGCGAGAACGGUUACUUCUUGGCGACCGCCGCGCGGGACGGCGUCAAGCUUUGGGAUCUGCGCAAGCUCAAGAACUUCCGCACGUUCGCGCCCUGGGACGCGGACACAGACUGCAACACGGUCGAGUUCGACCACAGCGGGAGCUACCUGGCCGCCGGCGGAGCGGACGUCAGGAUCUACGCUGUUGGGACGGUGAAGCAGGAGUGGAACACCGUCAAAACCUUCCCGGAUUUAUCAGGAACAAGCAAGAUCCUGAACGCCAAGUUUGGAAAGGAUGCCAGCUAUUUAGCCGUCACGUCCAUGGAUCGUAACCUGAGGGUCUUUGGCUUGGCGCCCGAGCUCGCGACUGUUGGGGAAUAAGCAGGGUAAUUGUAGCUAGAACAGGAGCAAACAUUCGACGUUGAUGCGUUCAGUUGUCUUCUACCCUAUUUGGUACCGGUCAGUUCUGGAGAGGGGCUUGUGGGGAAGCAUUUUUCGUGAUUUUGACACGAAGGUAAAGCCGACAUGGCAGCGACCAUUCUAUGGGCGCAUGGCUGGAGUGAGUGAGGUUAGAGAAGGACUUCCUUCAGAAACGGAGCCCAUGUGCUUGACUUUUCGCACGCGUUGGUUGUCAUAUGGCGAUUGCUGUUCUGCAUUUGCCACUAUGGUAGCUAGGUCGUAACAACUGGUUUUUGAGAUGUCGACUGAGCGCGGUGCGCGUGGAGCAGCUGUUACAUGCCAGAACCGC